AUGUCGAGAAUGGGUGCCCUCGUUCAGAAGGAACAAUGCCUGUGUAACUUGGACCAUGUUAGCCUUGAAACAAAGCCCAAACAGAAGCCAGGAGACCCAUUCAAUGGAAACUCCGCACUUCUCUUCGCCUACGCCCGAACCCUAGCAAAUAUAGCCGCCCCGGAUAUGGGCAUGACGGGUUCUCAGAUGGCUCUCUACAUCACACCGCCAUUUUACCCCGGUAUCGUUGUUGAACAACCUGAUCCUGUACCAUUGAUGAACUAUCAGCUAUGGCAAUAUGCGGACGGUUUGCUUCCAACGGAUUACCCUGUUUGGGACCACGAUGGUGGGAGCUAUUUUGACUUUUAUAACGGAUAUCUAAGUUAUGCAUCUGAUAAUGGCUCCGUGGAGCCAAACCCAGCGGCACGUAACAAUAUGCUACAUCUAUUCGGCCAAUUGAAAACUGCAGCUAAAGCAGUUGAUAAAGCUAAGGUAGAUGCAAUAGCGACAUACAAGCAAGUGGUGCUUCAGGCAACAGGCGCAGGGGAGGACCUACCUCCAGAGCUACGGAAUCUUACAAUAUGGCUUGAAGAAAACGCUACAUAUCGUAUCAGCCAACAAAACCUCAACGAGAUCACACAACUCUAUAACCAUGCCCGAACAGAGUACUACGGCCCGGGCGUACAGGAAAUUUGUGAUCUUUUAGCCAAAGUAAGCUUGGCUAAAGAAUACUUGAAGCCUAUUCCUGGCAACCUUAACAUGCCCUGUACGAGUUCAUCCCAGAGCUGGGCAGAGCGCCUCGAAGAAGCUCGGUCUGGGAAGAAUUCAACUUCUAGGUCACCUGGGGAUUUAUUCUACAAACCGAAGUAUGGUUUGAAUGCCGACUACGUCGAGACGGUUAGUCUCUGGAGCGAGGAGUAUCGUAGUAACCCCAACCUAAAACCUAUUUUCACCUUUUCGCUUGAUGACCUCCCGACUGUCAAUAUUGACUGGACCACACUCGGGUUUCCAAACAUUGAGAAAGGGCGAGAUGAGGAUAUCUUUCCUAAAGAUACGAUUCUAUCGCUUCAAACAGAAACACAGACUUUAACUCCGCAGGUGGAGGAGAUUGUCAUUUCGGCGACUAAUUUACAGACAUUCAGUAUUAAUCGAGGGGAUUGGGACAAGCCGGACUUCAAAAAAUAUUUUCCUCGACUCCGCGCCGACGCACCAAUCCGGUUCACAGCGCCCAUUGUUCGUCCCUGUCGAUUUUUAUUCGCCUAUGGGGUACAAAUCGACGUUCGGAUUGAUGGGGGUAGUGUCAGAGAAUUUGCAUACGAGUUAGACAAGAUGGUGACGAACAGCGCAACUUUGCUGGGUGCCACCCGUCCUUUGAAGAUGGAGGGUAAUGUCGUCAGUACGAAGAAGGAUCCGGAUCUCGGGUAUCCCUAUUUGUUGGCAGUAUUGGGAGAGCGAUUGUAA